CUCCCUUUCAGCCCACUCGACUGUCCGAGGCGGCUGCUGAGUUUUGCUCUGCCUGCUGGAGGGCGGAGAGCGACCUUUGCGGGAGCGCGGCCAAAUAUAAACACUGGUAACAUUGCUAUAUUGCCAUUCGACUGAAUUCCGCCGCCGAAUAGAUAAAGAUACAAAAGAGCAACGAAGUUGGGAUCCGCUUGAGGGAAACGGCCGAGUGGGGAAGGACCCUGAGAUAGACAAAUAAGUGCACAUACACUUGCUGGUUGAACGAGGCGGCUGUCUAGUGUCCAUCUUCUUGACACAACCAUCCGCGAGGCUGCCCCAAGGCGUCGCCCACCACACUCCGUUUGACGCCCACCUCGCCUUUCUUCUCUUCUGUUUUACUAUCAUUUUCAUCUCUUCAUCUCGUUUCUCUCUCUCUCCACGCUGGUCGUGUCUCCGAUUAUCUCUCCGCAAAUCCAGUCCCUCGGCAGGCCAUGCUCGCUCCUGGCCAUGACUAUGACCAGACCCCUCGCCAGCAACUCCCAGUCCAGCCACGCAGGAAGGGGCCUCCUCCGUCCCUGCGCAUAGACACUCCGGUUCAUAAGCCUGCAAUUGCCCUCGCUCUGGCCGACUCCGCUUCCGCAUCUUCAUCCCUUUCCUCCGCCAAUUCCGAAUCCGACUUUUCUCCACCCCUUCCGGACUGUCCCCCCCACAGGCAAAGAUCGAUGCGCAAUACCAAAAAACUCUCUCUUACACUCCCUUCUGCGCACUCCAAUCGUUCUGCAAAUUCGCUCUCAAUAUUUUCCGAUGCUGACAGCGGACAUGCGACCGAUGAAGGCACCCAGUCACUUGCCAUCAUCGAGCCGAAACGGCGAGCGUCUCUAGCCUCUAUUCAAAACGUACCACUAGCCUCAAGGAUGCAUCGCAAGGACGAGGACGAGUCGACUUUGUCCCCAUACGCCGAUGGUCCAGUGCAAAUUCUUCCCGGAGUGUGGUUGGGCAACGAGGAAAAUGCUACCAACUGGAAGAGCCUGGCAGACCGAGGCAUUCGCGCAAUAUUGAACGUGGCUAGGGAGGUCAUCUCACCCUUUGAUUCUGCCGCCCUUUCGCGAAGCGUUACGGCUCCCAACGAAGCGGGUGACACCUUCUAUCCAGCUCACGGCACUCGACCUUCCAUGCACUAUCUAAAGCUUUCCUGGUCCCAUGGACAGCCUGAUUUAGUCAAGGAUGGGUUUGUUACUGCUAUGGCAUUCAUCGACUCGGCCUUGGAACGUGGUGACGGCGUGUUGAUUCACUGCCAGUGCGGAGUUUCGCGAUCCGCUACAGUAGUCAUAGCUUUAGUGAUGCGUGCUGCGGCUCAAUCACUACCUUCCGCCUCGUCUGAAGUACGGGCGCUGAAGGGCACAGGUUUCGCUGGUGCCUACGAUUUUGUCAAAGAGAAGAGUAGUUGCAUCGGGCCAAAUAUGCUACUUAUAUACCAACUUCAGGAUUACCAGCAUGUUCUCAAUGGUGUCAACAAAUCGCCAUCCGGCUCAGAGCAUUCCUCUGUAAUUGGGGAGGAUGAAGAAGAAUGGAGUCGGCGCAGACGCAUGCUUGAUGAAGAACCCGCUGAACCUGAAGCUGAUCGUGAAAGCGUUGAGGUAAUACAGGAAGCGUAUGCUUUGGACAGAGCUAUGGAAGAGAGGAUAGUUGCUCGUAAGGCUUCUGGAUCAUCUCUGGGCUCAUCUUCAGGUAUUGGCAUGGGUCCAGCAUGGAAGGCCCGGUACGGCAACCGCAAGCGCACGGGCUCUAUUGCUAGCAAUUUUACAAACGCCAGCAUCAUAUCAGAAGAUCUUGUCGAGGAAGACGAAAAGGAGGCCCUUUUGGGUAUUGGUGGCGGUUUUGAUGCCCCAAGCAUCUCCUCCCGGAGUCACAGUGGGGAGACGACGGAAGAGGAGGUCAACGCGUCCCCGGACUCUAAGAGAGACAAUUCCAUGUCUUUUCCACAGGUUUGCACGCCUUCCACUGCGAAGCCGAUAUUUCUGGCUUUACAACGGUCUACUAGCUCUCUUCCGGACAAGCCACCACCAUCCGCACCUGUCACUAAGACGUCAUUCGGUUUUCCUGCGCGGCUUCCUUUCAAACCCAGGCCUAAACUGAGACCACCGCCUCUGAAAUUUCUACCUCCCGUCCCGUCUUCCCCUGAUGUGCUUGGUUCCCCCGAAGUUCCUCCUCCGGUUGAGUCUCUCCCUAAAGCAGAGAAGCCACGUCGUCGCCCUGCACCACCUCCUUUGCGUCUGAGCGAGCCCGCUAUUUCUUCGCGAGUAUCAGAUCUUAGGAACCAUCGUCCAGCGCUACCUGUUCUUCAGCCUAAUAACCGCUCUGUUGCUACCCGUUCGUCAUCGCGCUCAAGCAGUCAGUCGCAGCUGUCGCAACUGUCUGUGACGACACCCUCUCAGACGCUAUUCGUCUUCCCGCCAUCACCAACGCUUAAGGCGCACUUUACACCGCAUAUGGUCACUGUAACGUCAAGCCUAAACAGUCCGUUGCCGUUUGCGGGUGCGCCAACCCCGCGUGUGUCGACGUUUAAGACUGAAGGUCGCAGGAAAUCCUUCAUUGGAUUGUCGGUGCCUCCUACUCCGACCACCGCGUGUUCUCGUGUGGAUGCUCGUGGAUGGGUGGGGCUGGGUCCGCGCGACGCCAAAUAGCAUUGGCGUCACUUUUCAGUGCAUAAUAUGCUGCAAAUAAGUUAUAUACGCUCUUCUGCAUGUUUCUUUUUAACAUGGUUAUGCUCUACAUGCCAGUAGGUUUUUUUUUCGUUACUGCGUUUUUCAUUCAGCAACCUUUUCGCCCCUGCAUGUUUAUUCUUGCAUUCCUCUGUCUAUUAUUCCAAUUUUUUUCCCCUUCAUUCUCAUCCAUAGCACUUAUGGACCGAGCAUCGGACACUUCAUACAUUUCUUAAUUUUCUGCACAACUGCCAGAUUCCACACAGAACCCACGCAGCUUUGUAUUAUGUAGCCCUCCCCCCGCGUUGUCUGCAUUUUAUUCGACUUUCC